AUGCGUUUCUCAGAGCACUUCCCUGCUGUGGCGCAGGGAGGCUGGAAGCCACCAGUGUCUGCGUCUUCUCUUGCAGACAACAAUGGUUGUCGCUUUGGCAGAGGGGAAAUUCAGCAGCCUUCUUCGAGCUCAGGUGUCACAACAGGGGUAGCAGAAGACUCCCCAGCAUCCACAGAAGUACAGACAGCUGCAGAAUCGGAAAGCAGCAAGCCGCUUGCCGCGCUCCCUGUGUCGAGUCUUGUGGGCGCAUUGGUGCCGCUGCCUGUUCGUACAGGGAGGCUCCUGCAUGCUCCCCAGCCGCGCAUUGGUGUCAACGGAGGCAGCGCUGCUGCUCUUGCUGCUGCUGCUGCUAGUGCUCUGCCUCCGCUUGUUCGGAUCGUCGCCGUUUCUGCGCUUCUGACCACUCCAGCCUUCUGCUGCAACCAGGAUGCUUCUCAGGAAGAAGAGUCAGCGGCGGAAAGUGCUGCCGUGCAAGCACCUCUCCAGAAGGGAGGCUGCGGCAACUGGCUGCCGGCAGCCAAGCAGCAGCAGCAGCAGCAGCAGUCCGUACACCAGGUGCAUGAAGUACUGACUUUGGCAUCGGCGGGUGCAGACUCGGCAGCAGAUACAGCAGCUGGAUCUACAGUCGCAUCAGGAGCUGCGAUUCUGCAGCCUACGACAUCCGCAGUGCUGAUAGACUACUGGCAAGGUCGAUCAGCUGCAGGAAGCGGAGACGUAGGAGGAGGUGCAACACCCUCUUCUUCACUAGGAGCUUCAGCUGAACUGUCAACAGGAUCAGCCUCAGGCGUUCCCUUCGUGUAUGCUGCUGCGAUUCACGACUGUGCAGACAUCCAGUGCAGUGGCAGCCACAGCAAGCGUCACGCUGCUCUGAGACGCUGUGUUUUCUUGCUCUACGUUCCGUGGCAGCUCUCUGUGCUGUCUGCACAAAAGACAAGCGUCACUCAGGCGCUUGCUGCUGCUGCUGCUCUGGCGCCUUCUUCUUCUUCUGCUUCUUCUUCUGCUUCUUCUUCUCUCCACGCUUCUGCGACUUGCUUCGGCACCAGCAACAAGGCUUUAGACCACUCCCUUCUUGCCCCCUGCUUUGGCUCACGAAGGAUGCUCGGAGAGAUGCGAUGUGUGCCCCUGCUGCCUGCGGAUGCGGCUGCUGCGAGUGCUGCACCUGGAAAGGCGGACUGGUGGGCA